AUGAUCAUCGAAAAUCAAAGAUGUUUUGGAAAGGAGAUAGUAAAUUAAACAAUGUAUUAAUCAAAGGAAGUAGGAAUGAUAAUGGAAAAACAUAAAAAAGCAUUUUCUAUGAUUCCAAAAGUUUUUGCAAUGAGUGUAGAUGAAAAAGAAAAUAAAAUUUUUUAAAGAGAAUAAGAAAAAAGUUAAAUAGAGAUAGAGGUUGAAAAGAGCAAAGAGUUAAAAAAUCCCUAAAAUGUAGAAUUAUAUUCAGAGGAAAUUUUAAAACACUUGUUGAUUGAGGAAGUAAUGAUUUUUAACAAUGAUAGAAUAAAUACAUAAUAGAUUAAUAUAUGACUGUUGAGUAAUAGCCGGAUAUAAAUAUAAAAAUGAGAGCAAUCUUAGUUGAUUGGUUAGUAGAUGUCCACGCUAAAUUUAAAUUGAAGGAUGAAACUCUUUAUAUAACAAUAUCUUUAAUUGAUAGAUAUUUAUCUUAGGCUUAAGUCACAAGAAUGAGACUAUAAUUAGUGGGUGUGGCAGCCUUAUUUAUAGCUUGUAAAUAUGAAGAAAUAUAUCCACCUGCUUUAAAAGAUUUCGUUUACAUAACAGAUAAUGCAUAUGUUAAAAGUGAUGUCUUAGAAAUGGAAGGUUUAAUUUUGUAAGCUUUGAAUUUUCAUAUCUGCAAUCCUACUGCUUAUUAAUUUUUAUAAAAAUAUUCAGCAGACUUAGAUCCAAAAGAUAAAGCGUUAGCUUAAUAUAUAUUAGAAUUAGCUUUAGUUGAAUAUAAAUUUAUUAUAUAUAAACCAUCUCAAAUUGCUCAAUCUGUUAUAUUUUUAGUUAAAAAGUUUAGGUAAGCUUUUAUAAUAAUAAUCAUAGAACACCUACAUAUAAAACACAUAAUGAAAAUCAAUUAAAGAUUUGUGCUAAAGAAUUAUGUACAUUAUUUUAAACUGCAGAUCUCAGUUCGUUACAAGCAGUUAAAAAGAAAUUUAAUGCCUCUAAGUUUUUUGAAGUUUCAAGAAUUAAAUUAGAUAAAUCAAAUAAAUGA